CCUGGCGAUUCUGCGCGCUCGAUCGCGUUCGGGUGUGCUCGGCACGGAUCGGCUACGUUCGCCGAAGGAGCUGGUGAGGAGAAGAAGAGAGAGAGAGCCAACGGCAGUGCACUUUGAGAAAGCCCGUUGUAGGCUGUCUCGACGUGUAUGUUCUGAACGCUCCGCAACAUGUUAGUGAGUUUUCGUCGGCUCUCAACGAAAAAUUCACGUGGUGUAUUCAGUAUACGAAGGAAAACCACUAGUGCGAGACAUUUACCCUCUUGAUCGAGUCUUUCACCUAGUACUAAUUGUGCAAUAAGCAAGCUGAGGAACGAUGCCAGGCAAAGGGGGCAGAAGAGGAAAGUACGGUCACGGUGGAAAAAGAGCUGAGUUAACAUCCGACGAGGACUCCGUCUACAAUGACGCGUGCAGCGAUACCAGCGGCCAAUCCGACAGUCGCAGCGUGCUGGAGGAUGUGAACGACAACGAGGUGGACGAGCUCGCGCAGCAGGAGGCGUUCGAGGAGAAGCUGAGGGAGGCGAUCGACGGGCUGACCCAAAAGAGCGCCAAGGGCAGGACGAUCUGUUUCAACGGGAUCGAGAAGAUCUUCGCCAUCAAGUACAUCCCCGACUUCGUGGAGGACAGGAAGAUGACCAUCGCGGACGCGGUGGAGCGCAGCCUGAAGAAGGGCCGCGGUGACGAACAGCCCACUGCCGCCAGGCUGAGCACCCUGCUAUGUGUUCAGCUGGGCGCGUUCGAGAGUGCCGAGGUGGUCUGCAGAGACCUCAAGUCGACCUUGACCUUCAUCGCCAGCGACAAUACAGCUUCCGUUCAUGCUCGCGCCGAGUGCUGCUGGGCGCUGAGUAUGAACCAGUUCCUGUCGGGCAACGACGCGGACGACACCGUCGAAAUAAUGCAGCUGCUGUCGUCUAUCUUCUCCGGCUCCUACCUGAAAGGAAACGGCGCGAUCGCGAACAUAUCCGCCGACACGGCGGCGCUGCAUGCAGCGGCUAUCUCCUCGUGGACUCUGCUUCUCACAGUCAUGACUUCCGCGAACAUCUACAAUUUGCUCGCGAGCGACAAGACCAACAGCUACAUGCCUUCUCUCAAUCGAUUGCGCGAAUUGUUGGAAUCGCCGCACCUCGACGUGCGCCUGUCGGCCGGUGAGGCGUUGGCCGUGAUAUUCGAGCUCGGCCGUGACUUCUCCUGCGACUACGAGCAGGACUGGGCGCUGGAUCUCGCUGACAUUCUCAAGGAACUCGCCACGGACUCUAACAAGUACAGAGCCAAGAAGGAUCGCAAGCAGCAACGCGCCAAUUUCCGAGACAUUCUGCGUUACAUCGAGGAGGACAUUGUUCCGGAGAUGCAUGUGAGAUUCGGCCAGGAGACCCUGUACUUAGAGGGGUGGUGCGCGCGGACACAGUACAACGCCUGCUGCCGGCUGUUGGGUCCCGGCAUCAACAUCCACCUAGCCGAGAACCAACUGCUGCGCGAGAUCUUUCACCUCGGCAACAAGGUUCUACCUAUACCGUCGUCCCAGAAAACGAGCAAAUUAGAGAGGACGCUGAUGAACGCGGCCGCGUUCAAGGCGCGCACGAUCCAGCGCAACAAGAACCGCGAUAAACGUUCCGCAGCCAUGGCACCGUAAUCGCUUCUCACUUCUGCUCCCCCCCCCCCACACACACACACACACACACGCACGCACCUAUACGCGCAAUAGUAAUACAGAUUAGCGAGAGAACGGCCAGAUCUCGUGUACGGCGAACACAAGUAUAAUUAGCUACUUAAACCAACGCAACUCAAAUCUACAAACAAAUUAGCCCAGGUGAGUGAGCGAGCGCGACCUGUGAAUCGAGAUCGAUCGCUCGCACACCUAUGUUUGCGCACGGCUCAACGCGCGCGAGACGCUUGGAGACUUCGCUGAGAGAGCGGAAUAAGUCCAAUUUCAAUUCUAAUAAUAUGAUUCGCUUCCACUUUAACUCCGGUUGCCUUAAAAUUUCGUUUUCAUUGUUGUUAGAAUCGAAAUAGGUUCUCGCGAGGCGGCGUUACAGUUAAAUUUGUGGAAUUAAAAUUUCAAGAGAGAAACUGACGAGACGAAAUUUCGGUUUACUCUUUAUUUACAUCUACGUUCACACACACAUACACACAUACAUACACAGGGCACACACAUACACGCGCAUGUGAGUGCAUACGCACCGUUAUCAAGCGUCUCGGCGCGACGAGACUCAGGAAGCUAUUAGGAAGCCUCGUCAAAUAAACAACAACGAUCGUUUCUGUGGCAGAAAGUAUAUAUAUAUAUAUAUAUAUAUAUAUAUAUAUAUAUAUAUAUCUGCCAUAUAUUGAUCGAAGUAGCAUACAUUGCAAAUUAUACAUAAUGGAGAAUUGUUGCGGAACUGUGCUUCCAAAACGACCAACCAGCAAGUGAGUGAUAGAGUGAGACCGCGGCUUUCUCUCUCGCGUUUACAGCCUCUCUCUCUCUCGCAUAUCUCGCGGGCGACGUAGAAAAAUAUAUCGAGCCGCGCGUUCUCGCCGCGCGUUCGGCGCUUCAAACACGCGCCCGGUAGCGAAUCCGGAUCGGCCCCAAUGUUUCUUCAACGUCGGAUGCGCGGCGGGAAUGCGGGCAAUUACUUCUUUUUUUUUUUACACGGUAACUCUUAUCACGCAACGCGUUAAUUCACUAAGACUGUUGUUUGUAUCGUGCCGAUCGUGCGCGGAUAUGUGUCUUCGUUUCGCGUUUUGCGUGCAAUGAAUAGAAGAGAGAGAGAGAGAGAGAGAGAGAGAGAGAGAGAGAGAGAGAGAGAGAGAAGAGAGAAAGAAGAAAGCGUAAGAAAGAACGGAGAGAUUAAUCUCUCGCGAGGAAACGUACGUACGAGAGACGCGUCACACGCGGCGGUUGCUUCGAUAAACGAGAGCCGACGGUGGUCAACCUUCGUUUGAUUAACGGGUGUCAAUGAAUUCAAUCGGUCAUUGCGACACUUGCGUCCAGAGAGAAAGAAUGCCCCCGUUGAUCACUUAACCCAAUUGCACGACAAUUGCGAGCGCUUAAUAACAUCUAUACGCAAAGAUAAGGAGCUUUCCUGCCGAGACCUCAAAUUAUCGACGUGUCGUUUACUUCUAAGAAGAGUGUUCCCACGUUUUCCCCGCAAUGGCAGAUUGAAUUCCGGCAUUCGUGGUCGUUCGUGCCAAGCGAUUUCGCGUGCGAGAUUGUUGUGUUUCACGUAACAACAAACGGACGUGUGACGAUUACGUUCGCGUGCAAACGACACAACAGCGGAUACUCGCGUGCCGCCGGCUGACCACUUUCGGCCACAGAUGAUAAAGUAUCAUGCAUUUGUACGAGGGCAUGCAUGUCAGUCCUAUUACUCUACUUAGGCGAUAAUAUCGGGAGUAACAGUAGUAAGUACAAGAAUACUCAGCGUAUGCGCGUAUUGUGUGAGGUACCGGUCGACCAGGCAUGUCCAAGAUCGGCUUCGCGACGUUUCCUCCUCUCCGUCCUCUCGUGGAGUGAGAUGGAGAAGGAACGGGGACAGACUGAGAGUGCGACCGCACAGGGUGCGUUCGAAAACGGGGGAAAAGGGGUUCCUCCGUCGGCUGAAGUUGGACAUGCCUGCCGUAGACAAUAGUCAAGUCACAUCAUCCGCGAAACUGUUCGAAGGAGCGAACGGGAAUCGCAGCGGAUCGGCGCUACUUUGAAAAUCUCAACGAAAGGGAUUCAUUCGAUACACUUUCGUUCGAUAAAGGGUCAGAGCUUCGGAGGACACGUGAGGGACCCAAUCAGGGAAUCGAAAAUUAAGAACGUCCUCUCAAAGCGUUCGGAACCUAUUCCUCUCGCAUUUUCGCACUCACGCGUCUGACACGUCACGAUACGCGGCAUAUCUGCGAAACGCGGCCGAUCAACUGACCCUCGAACAAAGUCGACCGUCGACUUGAUUGAUCCCGAGAGAGGAGAAAAAAAGCAAAGUUGCACCGAGCCGACCCUGCCGAUUCUCACCCCGUUUCCCCGACCGAACUUUUCCACACCGUGUCGUCUCCACCACCGAGCCGGGAGCAGCAAAUCAAAAUCUAUCUAUUAUGUACAAUCACAUCGUUCCAAAGCACAGCACGCCAAAUAGAAUUGCACUACUUGAAACGCUAAGGAGCUCCGAGUGGCGAAAGAGUAAACGAUACGAUUACGUGUGAACGGGAGAUUAUACUAGCGGCAAACUCUACGCGAAACUUCGUCACGCCUCUACGACUACGCUCUACGCUAAUUCAGAAGUCCGGAUUCACAAUAGGUGUUGCAAACUUUCAG